AUGCAACAUAAAAGUUAUCAUCAUGUUGCGGUGUCUCAAUUGUAUCAAAAUGUCACAGCAUAUGUCGUCAGCUGUAAGUCGAGGGCAUUUUCGAAUCACGAAGCAGUACCGGUCUCCAGCAUCACAGCUGAACUGCGCUGUCGUACGAAAAGAGAGGAAGUAAGCCUAGGAUUUGUAAACAAACAUGAGAGACAAGCUGGCCUUGGGGUCCGUUGCUUCCAUGUGUUCUUUUUCACACAGUAUGUAGUGCAUUAUCGACGGUAUGGAUGUUAG